AUGCCUAUCACUAAUAUUAUUUUUGCACUUAAAUUUAUUGAUUACCUUACUCCGAUCAUAUUCAUUUUCUUAGUAUAUGUUUUUCGUUUUUAUUAUAAAUAUCUUACGCGUCCUAAUAAAUUACCAGGACCAUUACCUCUUCCCUUUAUAGAAUGUACUUAUUUGUUUACAGGUAAUAAUAAACAUCUAUUUACAUUACUCCAAAACAAAUAUGGCGACUUAUGUGAAUUUUAUCUUAAUGGAUCACGAAGGAUUUUGGUUUCGGAUCCUAAAUAUAUUGAAAGAAUGUUAACUCCCUCAUCUCAAGACACUACAUUCAUGUUAAGACACCCAUAUUUGGAAGGAUUGGAAGAGUUUGGAAUGGCCGGAAGAGGCAUAGUAGCAAAUCAUGAUUUAAAAAGUUGGAGAUUUAACCGUCAAUUCUUUAACCAAGCAAUUCUUACACCAAGUUUUAAUAAUGAAGCUGUUAAAUGGUCUAAUCAAUUGCUUCAAGAAUUAGAAGGAUAUUGGGAAUGUCUCGGAAAAUUAAAUUUAUCUGGUAAUAAUUUACAUGAUAAAAAUGAUUGGUCACUUGAGUUAGAUAUAUUAAGAUGGUCUCGUAGAUUUACAAGUGAUAUGAUCGUAAUUUUGGUAACUGGUGCAAGAUCUUAUACUAUGGCAUCAUAUUAUAAUAUUUACAGUCCAGUAAAAAUAAAUCGUACUGGUGCUUUGAUUGAAGAUUCUGAAAGAUUUGUUGAAGGAUUUAGCUAUCACCUUACUGGAUUCCCUUAUUUUAUGUAUCUUGGAUCAAUCUUACGUCACUACUUGCCAUUUAUUGGAUCUAAAGUUAGAUCGUUACUUAAAAAUCGGGAUUAUUUGUUUGAAGUAUUAGAUAUGAUCAUUAAGAAGAGAAGACAAGAAAUUGACGAGACCCUAAUGGAUAAAAAAUUAGGACAUAAUAUGUUGACUUCUUUAAUUACUGCUAAUACUGAAAGAAAUAAGAAUCGUAUAAGUACCAGUGAUGGUAUCCCUAGACCAAUGACAGACGUUGAGAUCAGAGGUAACUUGUUUGACGCUUUCUUAGGUGGUGUUGAUACUACAUCGAAUUCAUUCAGUUACGUGACUUAUUAUGUCUGCCAUCACCCUAAAGUUAAACAAAAAAUGAUUGCCGAAAUCGACUCAAUAUUUCCUCCAAAUACACCUCUCAAUUUGAAGUAUGAAGACCUCUUAAAAUUAGAAUAUUGCGAUGCGAUUUUUAAUGAAGUUAAUCGAAUGGUUCCGAUUGCACUUGAUAUCUCAAGGUAUCUUGAAUAUCCUAGCGAAUUAGCUGGGUAUCGAUGGGAAGCUGGAACAUAUUUCCAUAUGAAUGUUACUGGUAUCCACUACCAUAAAGAUGCUUGGUCUAAUCCUGAAGUUUUUAACCCGGAUCGAUUUUAUAAAAAAGAUGUUGCCAACAAUUUGAAUAAUCAAACAAUGCCUAAAUUUUCGUUUAUACCAUUUGGUGGUGGAUUACGCAUGUGCCCUGGAAGAAAGCUAGCAAUUAUAGAAUUACUUUCAUUAAUGGUAAUGGUAUUUGGAAAGUAUGAUGUUGAGUUAAUUGAUAUGAAAGCGCCAUUGCAAAUAGACUUCACUGGAUUAGCUAUUUGUAAAGAGUUGCCAAUUAGAAUUAGACCUAGAAAAUUUUCACCGUAG